ACGUCACCGGCCGUGCAGUUGGAUGCUGGUCCCGAACACCUGAAACUCACCUGAGUCCGGACGGAGAUGGAGGUCUCUGCCUCCAGGUUCCGCAUCGACUCGCUGCUCUCCCUCAGGCCGCCGGGCGCGCAGCUCAGCCCGGGCGGCAGCAGCGGCGGCGGCGGCUCGGAGCCUCCCUCCCCGCGGACGGUGCCCGUCCCCCGGCCGCGGUCCGCCAGGCUGCCCGCUCACCUGCAGCCCCGCGCCGCCGGAGCCUCCUUCCUCAUCCGGGACAUCUUAGCGGACUGCCGGUCCUCCUCGGACCCGGGACUGGUCUACUCUGACCCGGGACUGCUCUACUCUGACCCGGGUCAGCUGGAAGCCGAGCCGUUCCAGUCCGGACCGGAAGAAGACUUUCAGGACAAAAGUUACAGCAGCGCUUCUUCUGACAGUGAAUCUAGAGCAUGGGGGGGCGGGGCCUCGGAGGAGGCGGAGCGUCUGAAGAAACCUCGUAAAGCUCGGACGGCGUUCAGCGACCAGCAGCUGGCCAGACUCGAGACCAGCUUCAGGACCCAGAAGUACCUGAGCGUCCAGGACCGCAUGGAGCUCGCCGCCACGCUGCAGCUCAGCGACACACAGGUCAAGACCUGGUACCAGAACCGCAGGACCAAGUGGAAGCGUCAGUCAGCUGGUCUUGAGUUUCUGUCUGAAGCUGGUCGGAUGUUUCUGCCCUCUCACCUCCUGUACCCGCCGGUCCCGCCCACCCUGGACCUGUACCUUUACCGAGGCCCCGCCCCCCACCACCAGGCCCCACCCCUCCUUCCGCACCUGCUGCCCCACACUGACGCACGUCCCCGCUGA